AUGGCCCCAAAAGUCUAUAAAUCAAGUGAAUACGUCCAGGAUUCAGACGUAUCUUCUGAUGAAGAAGAUCAAGAAUUCAAAGCGCCAAAGCACUACCAUAAACUUGAAAACAAAUCCAAAUUAGAUAUCAAAAACCUAAAGGAGAAAGAAAUCUGGUUAAUCAAAGCACCAAAGGGAUUCCCAUUGAAGGAUUUAAAGACCUUACCCGUGUCAUUCACUGCCACUUCUAUCAAAUCCGGCCCGGAUUCUUUCAAAGUCGAUGGAAAUUCAUAUAAAGUUGAUGAAGAAUUUUUGCUGAGUACAGCCACUGGAGAUGAUGAUUCAGGUAAGCAUACUAUAUUCUUCAAGCAUUCUAAGGCAUUCAAAUCUAGUGGUCAACAUAUAAGUCGUGUUUAUAACAUUAGAGAAACUGUAAAGAUCCCAAAGAUUAAUUUUGAUCAAGUUGUUAUACCAAGAGAAGAUGUUCCAAAAAUAGAUAAUUUAAGAAUGAGACAUUUCCCAACUGGGUAUGGGGCCAAUGAUUUUAAGGUAGAAGACGAAGCGGGGGAUGAAGACGUUGCUGAAGGUAAAGUUUUGAAGAAGGUUAAGGUUGAUGAAUCUUCUUCCGGGAAAGAAAAGAAGCAUAAGAAGGAUAAGAAAGAGAAAAAGGAAAAGAAGAAGUCAAAGAAGGAUAAGAGUUAA